GGUCUCGCGCAACAGCUCAUGGCGGAGAGCAGCUCUCUCUCUCUCGCGCUCUCGGCUCGGUCUCACCGCUCGGAUCCGCUAAAUCCGCGUCUGAUCACGGGCGCAGGACGGCACGAGCGCUGCUGAGAUCGCGGACACACUGCAUGUCGAGUUUCUGCUUUUACUGAGUCCCGGAGAGCCAGCUGCGUCCAAACACGGUGUCCUCACCCGGCCGGGGAGGCUGUGAGUUAUUGGGAAAGGAACUGAAGAACAAACAGGGGAAAUGGCUGCGACUGCGGGCUUCUCCUCCAACGGACCUGUACCCUGGACGCUGAGCGACACCGAGGUGAACAGUCUGUACCGGGAUCUGGAGCUGGGCACUGUACUGACGCUCUUUUACUCCAAAAAGUCCCAGAGGCCCGAGAGAAGGACGUUUCAAGUCAAGCUGGAGACCAGGCAGAUUAUCUGGACCAGAGGAACGGAUAAAGUCGAGGGCGAGAUUGAUAUUCGGGAGAUUAAGGAGAUCCGCAUGGGCCAGAAGUCACGAGACUUCGAGCGGUAUGUGGAGGACUCGACCGCCCGGCCGGACCAGGCCCACUGCUUCGUCAUCCUCUAUGGCACAGAGUUUCGGCUCAAAGCGCUCAGUCUGGCAGCGACCUCAGACGAGGAGAUGGUCAUGUGGGUGAAGGGUUUGACCUGGCUGGUGUCUGAUACGCUACGCUCCCCCACACCCCUGCAGAUUGAAAGAUGGCUGAGAAAACAGUUUUACGCAGUGGAUCGCAGCAGGGAAGACCGAAUUUCCUGUAAGGAUCUGAAAAGUAUGCUGUGCCAGGUCAACUACAGAGUUCCCAAUAUGAAGUUCUUACGAGAGAAACUUCCGGAUGGAGAGCUGAGGAAUGGAGAUGUAUCAUAUAGUCAUUUUGCGCAGUUGUACCGCAGCCUGAUGUUUGACGCACAGAAAUCAAUGGAGAUUCCACUGCUGCAGAGGCUUAUUGAGAGACCUGAGCAGAAGAUCUCACUGGAGGACUUCCAGAACUUCCUAAUUGAACAUCAGAAGGAGCUCUGGGCUACAGACAAUAAUAAGGUGCAGGAGUUCAUGCUCCACUACCUGAAGGAUCCUCUACGAGAGAUCGAGCAGCCAUACUUCCAUCAAGACGAGUUCCUCACGUAUCUGUUCUCUAAAGAGAACACUAUCUGGGACGUGCAGCUCGAUCAGGUGAGGCCAGAGGACAUGAACAACCCCCUGUCGCACUACUGGAUCUCUUCGUCCCACAACACUACAGUGGCCAGGUUCAUACAGAGGUUUUCUAAGACCAGUUCCACUCGGAACAGGCCUCGCAAGGGUCGAUCAAAGAAGUUGCGUCCUCGUGCUGUGCAUCAGGUACAGAAGCUGGCUUCAAAAAACAGACACAUGAGAGCUGCCAGCAUUGCUUUAGAGGUUGCAGAAGCAGGAGGUCAGCUUGUCAGUGCUCAAACCAUACGCCGCACACUGCAACAAGUCGGUUUGUAUGGCCGUCAUCCCAGAAGGAAGCCUCUUCUAAAGCUGGCUCACAAGAAAGCCCACAAACAGUUUGCUGAAGACAAGUCCUGUGUUUACCGGUUCGUUACGUCUGACUAUCCCAUCAUCCUCUCCAUCGAGGACCACUGCAGUAUUGUGCAGCAGAGAAAUAUGGCCACCUACUUUAAGAAAGUGUUUGGAGAGAUGCUCCUGACCAAAGCGGUGGACAUCUCAGCCGACGGUCUCCCCUCGCCCAAUCAGCUCAAGAGGAAGAUCCUGAUCAAGCACAAGAAAUUAGCUGAGGGAAGUGCGUACGAGGAGGUCUCGUCUUCAACGCCCUACUCGGAGAACGACAUCAGCAACUCCAUCAAGAACGGCAUCCUGUACCUGGAGGAUCCCAUCAACCACGAGUGGUAUCCUCACUUCUUUGUCCUGACCAGCAAUAAGAUCUAUUACUCUGAAGAGACGUCAAGUAAUCAAGGGAACGAGGAUGAGGAGGAGCACAGAGAGGUCAGUAACGCCAUGGACCAGCAUGUGACGGAGAAGUGGUUUCACGGGAAGCUGGGAGCGGGGCGAGACGGGCGUCAGAUCGCCGAGCGUCUGCUGUCGGAGUACUGCCUGGAGACCGGCGCGCCCGACGGCUCGUUCCUGGUGCGGGAGAGCGAGACGUUUGUGGGAGACUACACACUCUCCUUCUGGCGGUCCGGUCGGGUUCAGCACUGCAGGAUUCACUCUCGGCAGGAGGCCGGCAGCCCCAAGUUCUACCUGACGGAUAACCUGGUGUUCGACACGCUGUUCGCGCUCAUCACACAUUACCAGCAGGUGCCUCUGCGCUGCAAUGAGUUUGAGAUGAAGCUGACCGAGCCAGUGCCACAAACCAACGCUCACGAGAGCAAAGAGUGGUAUCACGCGUCUCUGUCCCGCAGUCAGGCUGAAAACAUGCUGAUGAGAGUCCCGCGUGACGGCGCUUUCCUCGUUAGGAAGAGAACAGAAUUCAACUCUUUCGCCAUUUCCUUCCGGGCGGAGGGCAAGAUAAAGCACUGCCGCGUGCAGCAGGAGGGACAGACGGUGGUUUUGGGCACCUCAGAGUUUGACAGUUUAGUAGAUUUAAUCAGUUACUAUGAGAAACAUCCACUGUACCGUAAGAUGAAGCUGCGCUACCCCAUCAAUGAGGAAACACUGGAGAAGAUCGGCACUGCGGAGCCUGAUUAUGGAUCUCUGUAUGAGGGCCGUAACCCGGGAUUCUAUGUGGAAGCCAAUCAGAUGCCCACGUUUAAGUGCACAGUACGAGCCAUGUAUGAAUACAAAGCCCAGCGCGAUGAUGAACUUUCCUUCAGUAAGAACACCAUCAUUCAGAACGUGGACAAACAGGAAGGAGGCUGGUGGAAGGGAGACUAUGGCGGCAAGAAGCAGCUGUGGUUCCCUGCGAAUUACGUGGAGGAAAUCAGCCCGACGGCCGCGGAGCCUGACAGAUCAGCCACAGAGAACAGUCCUCUGGGAGAUCUCCUGAGAGGAAGUAUGGACGUGUCUUCCUGUCAGAUCGGUGAGUGUGUGUGUGUUCCUCUUCUUGAAGAGGGUAAAAUGAUGGAAAGAAGAAAGAAGAUUGCUUUAGAGCUGUCAGACCUCGUCAUCUACUGCCGACCGGUUCCUUUUGAUGAAGACAUAUUUGUUCUUCAUCAGCUUGAGGAGGGUAAAAUGAUGGAAAGAAGAAAGAAGAUUGCUUUAGAGCUGUCAGACCUCGUCAUCUACUGCCGACCGGUUCCUUUUGAUGAAGACAAAAUCGGGACGGAGCGGGCCUGUUUCCGGGACAUGUCCUCAUUUCCUGAGACCAAAGCGGAGAAGUAUGUGAACCGUAUCAAAGGAAAGAAGUUCCUGCAGUACAACCGGCUGCAGCUCUCACGGAUCUACCCUCGCGGUCAGCGCCUGGACUCGUCCAACUACGACCCGUUACCCAUGUGGCUGUGUGGCAGUCAGCUGGUGGCCCUUAACUUCCAGACCGCCGAUAAGCCCAUGCAGAUGAAUCAGGCGCUCUUCAUGCUGAACGGCAGGAGCGGUUACGUGCUGCAGCCGUCGAUCAUGAGAGACGACACCUUCGACCCGUUUGACCGGCACUCUCUGAGAGGAGUGGAGCCCAUCACAGUCUGCAUAGAGGUUUUGGGAGCACGCCAUCUGCCCAAACACGGUCGAGGUAUCGUUUGCCCUCUCAUCGAGAUCGAAGUUUGUGGAGCAGAAUAUGACAAUGCCAAGCAGAGGACGGACUCUGAAGCGGACAACGGUCUGAACCCCACCUGGCCCAGGAAACCCUUCCGAUUCACCGUGUGCAAUCCUUCCUUUGCCUUCCUGCGCUUCGUGGUCUAUGAAAUCGACAUGUUCAACGACCAGAACUUUCUCGCCCAGGCAACGUUCCCCAUCAACUGCCUCAAAACCGGCUACCGGUCUGUCCCGCUCAAGAACAGCUACAGUGAGGAUCUGGAGUUGGCGUCCCUGCUGGUGCACAUGGACAUCGUCAGAGGAAGGCAUGAGAACGGCGAGAUGUUGAGUCCCUUGUCGGCGGCGGGGGCCAUAGCCAUGCAGGUGGGCCGGGAGCGUACGGGGGACACCAGCUCCGUCUCCUCCACAUCCCCCCUGCCCUCGUCUCCGGGCCAGGCGCUGGGAUACCAUGGGCGGGAGGGCUCGUUCGAGGCCCGCUACCAGUCACCACUGGAGGACUUCAGAGUGUCCCAGGAGACGCUGCUGGACAACGAGAGCAGGAGGUACGCUUGGCGUGUCAAUGGUCCAUUUGAGAGAUAG